AUGUCGGCUCACACGACCCUGGAGCCGGCUGGCGGUGGUCUCCAUGGAGACGCGUCUGUCGCCAUGACACCGCCAGACUUCACAGUCGAUGAGAAUCGCGCCGAGAGCGCCGAUGACAUCGUCGUCGCCGGCAUUUCCUGUCGUCUGCCAGAAGCGGAUAACAUGGCGAAGUUCAAACAGAACCUGUUUGACGGAGUCGACAUGAGUACAGCCGACGGGAGGAGAUGGGAACCGGGUAUAUACGGAUUGCCAAGUCGAAGUGCAAAACUAAAGGACAUUAGCAAAUUCGAUGCGAUCUUCUUUGGGAUUAGCCCGACGGAAGCAAACUGUAUGGACCCGCAACUCCGAAUUCUACUGGAGGUUACGUAUGAGGCCAUUGUCGAUGCAGGUUGCGACCCGCUCGAGCUGCGAGGCAGCCGGACGGCUGUGUUCGUCGGCGCAUCGAUGAGCGAGGCUCACGAGGUGUGGAGUCUGGAAGCUGACACCGUGUCCGGAGAAACGUUGACGGGAUCGCGUAGAUCAAUGCUGUCCAACCGCCUCUCCUUCUAUUUCGAUCUCAGAGGUCCUAGCUACGCGAUCGACACUGCAUGCUCCUCCAGUCUGUACGCCGUGGACAAUGCUGUAGCCGCUAUCAGAAGCGGCCAGUGUGACUCUGCUAUAGUCGGUGGAGUCAACCUGAACCUGAAGCCACAGCAUUCGCUGCAGUAUCAUAAAUUGGGAAUGCUGUCACCAGAUGGCGUGUGCAAGUCAUUCGACGCAGCCGGAAAUGGCUACGGCAAGGCAGAGGGCGCUGUGGUAGUUCUGCUGCAGCGGAGAGCAUCGGCAAGGAGGGCCCACGUGACUAUCAUUCACUCCAAGUCCAACACAGAUGGAUUUAAGGAACAGGGUGCAUCGCAAUUAACGAGCGAGGGCGCGCGACUCGUCAUGGUUGCUGGUAGGACACCAGAUGGCGUAACAUCGCUGCUGGCAGCAGCUGCGGAAAGGUCGCGCGACGGAGAGUUUCUCGCGUUGCUUGACCACGCAUAUAGCAGUCCGACCAGCCUGCAUCCGUACAGGGGUUACGCGCUACUUAACACAGACACACAGAGCACCGAUGUGCAGCGGGUGAGCGGCGGCGGCGACCGUCGUCCCAUCUGGUUCGUCUGCUCUGGCACGGGCGCGCAGUGGGCGGGCAUGGCGUGCGACAUGAUGCGCGUGCCCGCCUUCCGGCAGACGAUAUCGCGCCUAGCCGAUACGCUCGCCGGUCACGGGGUCGACCUGCGUGACGUCAUCAGCGCGUCGGGGAGGAGGGAGGCGGAGAAGAUGCUGGAGAACAGUACACCUGUCCUUCUGUCCUCGGUCACCGCCGUACAGGUGGCGCUAAUAGAUGUUCUGCACGAGCUUGGCGUCUGCGCAGACGGCAUCGUCGGCUACUCGCUCGGCGAGAUCGCCUGCGCCUACGCCGACGGAGGCAUUACAGCGGAAAUGGCCGUACUUAUCGCCUACAAUGUAGGCAGAUGCGUGAGCGAGGCGAAACUAUCCGUUGGCAAGAUGGCCACCAUCGGGUUGACGUGGGAGGAGACGAGGCGUCGCUGUCCGGCCGACGUCACCGCCGCGUGUCACAACUCUCGCGACAGCGUCACCAUCUCAGGGCCGGCUGCGAGCGUUGACGCAUUCAUCGCCGAACUGCGAGCAGCUGACGUGUUCGUGGGGGAGGUGGCGACAUCUGGCGUCGCCUUCCACUCUCACGAGAUGGCGCGCAUCGCGACUGACGUGAAGGCUGCUCUAAGCGACCUACCGGUGUGCGGAUUGUGCUACGCUAGCGGAGUCGUCGGCAUCGACGUCGGCAAACUGCUGCCGACGCAGCCUCGCUUCCCCGUGUCUCAAGGAACGCCGAUGCUGGGCCCGCUCGUCACGUGGGACCACUCGCAGACGUGGGCCGUGCCGACACAGGAUGAGAUCCUCGCCAACAAUGACAAUGGCUGUACGUUUGAGAUUGACCUUUCGGCGACCUCGCCCGACCGCUACCUGCUGGGUCACGUGAUCGACGGCGAGGCGCUGUUUCCGGCGACCGGUUACCUGGUGCUGGUGUGGCGAGCGUUCGCCGCGAUGCGGCGGCAGUCGCACGAGAGCAUGACCGUGCAGUUCCACGAUAUCGACAUCCAGAGGGCAGCAGUGAUGCACGCCGACGAUAAGCGGACGCUUGGAGUCAACAUUAUGCAGCCGACCGGUGACUUCGAGGUGACAGAGGAAGACACGCUGCUCGCCAGGGGGCGCAUCACGGCGCACGACGUCAUCGACGUUCCUGAGCCGCUGACGUUGAAAGGUCACGUGACGCCGCUGCCGCUGCGCGCCGACGGCGUGUAUAGGGAGCUGCGCAUGCGCGGCUACGACUACAGCGGCGCCUUUCGGACGAUCGUUGAGACGUCGCUCGACGUUACGGAGGCGAAGCUGGCGUGGACGGGUAACUGGGUGGCGUUUCUUGACAGCCUCCUACAGCUGAGCGUGAUGAGUGAGACCACGCGUGCGCUCCGCCUACCAACCCGCAUCCAGAGCUUCAAGAUCAACCCAGCACUGCAGCUGCAGCGACUACAGCGCAUCGGCGACACACCAGUUCUAUACGCUCACGUCGAUCACGUGAUCCGCAAGUGCACGGCAGGUGGCGCUGAGAUCACGGGGCUGCACACGAUCGUCGCACCACGGCGCCACCGUCAGCACGACCGGCCGACGCUGGAGCGCUACGUCUUCGCGCCGUACGUCGAUGACGUCACCGACGCCGCGCUGCGCGCCUACGUCAGCGGCUGCGAGCGAGCGUGCUGCCGCAUAGUGAGCAGUCUCGCCUCCCCCUCCUCCCCCUCUUCCUCCGCCGCUGCCAUUCCCGACCCCCGCCUCCUCGCCGAGAUAUGCGCCCGCACGCGCUCCGAUGACCCCGAGGUCAAGGUCGCGACCGCGCCGACGCCAGCGCCACCUGCAUCGACGCCAGCGCCACCUGCGCUGUUGCGCUCCGCUCUCGAGAUGCUAGACAAGGUCGUCGCCGCAGGGUUGCACGGCGUCGUCGACGCAAUGCGGACGUCCGCACGAGACGCCGCCGAUGCUCUCCACCAGGUGGCGUUCUCCGGGCACAGCCUGAAGAUAGUCGUCGACGUCGCCGUCGAGAAUCUGAACGUCUGGUCAAGGUCGCGGGUCAAGGUCGUAGAGGUCGUCGAUCCCGGCGAGCAGCGCCACCUGUCGGCGGAAGUCGAGCCGGACGAGAAGCGCCACCUGGCGGCGGAGGUCGCGGCGAUGAUGGAGGCGACGGUCGACGUCGAGCUGGUCGUCUGCGGCGACGACGACGACGGUGGCGCGGCCGCGUGGCACGUUGUCGUCGGCAGCAACGCCGAGCUCGUCGUUCUCGACAACGUGCUGCACGGGAGGAGCGACGCGCGCGCCACCCUCCAGAGGGCGCUGGCAUGCGUCGCCGACGGCGGCUUCCUGCUCGUCGCCGAGCGAGCACCGGACUUCCUGUUGGCGUUCGACGCGAUGACGUCACGGGAGGCGCCCCUACUCGCUGCCGACGCGUGGAGAGAGGUGUUCGUGGAGGAGGGGCUGGAGAUAAUCGGGGAACCGAAGCGAAGGACUGCGACGUGGAUAAGCACGUCCAUUCCAGAGAGCCGCUGGGAUUCCGACCUGGCUCAGUUGUCAUCCGCUGACUACUUCGUUAAUAACUUAAUACAGACGUGUGCCGUGAAAGUAGACGUGGUCACGCUAAGUUCUGCACUGGAAUCUGGCGAUGACGAAGUCAAGAUGGCCGAACACGCGUACGCAAACGUGGCGACCCCUGGCGACCUGUCCAGCGUGCGCUGGUACGAGUCGCCGCUCAGGCACUGGUCGUCGAUGGCGCAUGGCGAACACAGGGAGCUGUGCUCGGUUAGCUACGCCGCGCUCAACGCUAGAGACGCGAUGCUGGCCACGGGCAAACUCUCACCAGACGCCAUACCAGGUCACGUGGCGAUGGGCGACGGCAUUCUCGGCAUGGAGUUCUCGGGUCACGGCAGCGACGGCAGGAGGAUCAUGGGAUUGCUGUCGGCUCAGGGGCUGGCGACGACCAUCGAUGCCGACGUCAGGUUCACGUGGCCCGUGCCCGAGUCGUGGACGCUACAAGAGGCCGCCACAGUACCUUUGGCCUACGCUACGGCCUACUAUGCGCUAAUAGUGCGGGGCGAGAUCAGAAAGGGGGAAAGGGUACUGAUACACUGCGGAAGCGGAGAUGUGGGACAGGCGGCCAUCUCGGUGGCGCUGCACCGUGGAUGCGAGGUGUUUACAACUGUCGGCUCGCACGAGGAGAGAGAAUAUCUGAAGCACAAGUUCCCACAGCUGCAGGGCACACACUUCAGCAACUCACGUGACGCUAGCUUUGAGCAGGAGAUCCUGAUCGCCACCAACGGGAAAGGUAACAUUGGCGUGCCAUCGUCGUGGCUCAACUCGCUCGCAGGACUGUGCGGCUGCAGCGGAGCGCUUUUCGUCUGUCUCGCUCACAACAUGGCCGCUUCCUCGACGUCGCGCAUGGCGCCGACCGACGAUUGUAGCGACGCGUCGCUUCGCAUGGCGUUUUUCUGCGCAACGUCGCCUUCCACGGCGUCGUCAUCGACGCUCUCUUCGAGCCCGACAACGACGACUCGCGAGGCGUGCGGGCCGCUGGUUGGCCGCAGAGGUAUCGAGGGCGAGCGGUUGGCGCCAUCUUGGAGGUCGAGCUGUGUUGCGGCGCGAUCGCGUGAGGGCGGCGCUGCGCUGGCGUGCGCAGGGGGAGCAUGUCGGCAAGGUGCUGGUGCAGGUUACCAGCAGUACAGACUGGCGCAGUGGCGGGCUCUGGGUGUGAGAGUGGAGGUCAGCAAGAUGGACGCUAGCGUGGAGGCGCAGGCGAGACAACUGAUCGACGUCAGCCACCAGAUGGCGCCAGUGGGCGGCCUCUUUCAUCUGGCAGAGGUGCGGAGAGACGGACCGUUCCGAACGCAGACGCCACUAACCUUCAGCGAGGGCAACAAACCCAAGAUGGCGGCCGCAGUUAACCUUGACCUCGUGACUCGCGACACGUGCGCCACCACGCUGGACUGGUUCGUCGUGUUCUCGUCUGUGUGCUGCGGCCGUGGCAACGCGGGGCAGACGAACUACGGUUACGCAAACUCAACCGUGGAGAGAAUCUGUGAGAGACGUCAACGGGACGGCUUCCCUGCACCUAGGUUUGCUGUCGCCACCGCCAUCGUCGUUGUCAUUAUCGUUAUCGCCGUCGAUGUCGUCAUCGUUGUCGUCGUCGACAGCAUCAGUAUCGUCAUCGUCGCCGUCUUUAUCAUUCUCAUCGUUCUCAUCGUUAUCACCGUCGUCGUCGUCGUCGUCGUCGGCGGCGGCGGCGGUGUUGACGAUGGCGGCACCGGAACGAUUACGCGUGUCUCCGUCCGCAGCGUUAGCGAUCCAGUGGGGAGCCGACGACGCAGGGCCGACUCGCUGCGUGGCUACCGACGACGACGUGGGGCCGACACGCUGCCUGGGUGCUGA